UCGCUGCGCGCCAGCGCGGUGGGAGGAGUCUAGGCGGGGCGGGAUUUAUAGGCACGUGCCCUCGUGCUCUUGUUGCCACUGAGUGCGCUGGAUUUUUUUGAAGGGGAAGGCGCGCGUCCCUGUCCCAGUCUGUUCGUAACUGCCGUUCGUCGCUCGUGGCCUUCAGCUCUGCCCAGGCUCUCUCUGAGGGGUCGGUCCCUUUCCCGCCUCUCCUAGUGUGGGGAGAAGCUGCUGGCCAGGGGGGCCCAUGGACCUGCCAGAGAGCCUGGCUGGUGGCCCUGCUGCAGAAAUUUACCUCUGGGAGCAGCCUGAAGACGUGAGCCUGGGGCCGCUGCUCAGCUUAGAGGAGCAGAUACUCAACUCCACGUUUGAAGCUUGUGACCCUCAGAGGACAGGCACUGUGGCUGUCACCCGUGUGCUGGCCUACCUUGAGUCUGUGACUGGCCAGGGCCCCCAGGACGCACGCCUCCAGACAUUGGCCCAAAGCCUGGACCCCAGUGGGGAGGGCCCUGGGGCCACUGUGGACUUGGACACCUUCCUCGUGGUCAUGCGAGAGUGGAUUGCUGCCUGCCAGCUGCAUGGGGGAUUAGAGCUGGGAGAGGAGACUGCCUCUGAGGGAGCCCUGACCUCCCGGCAGCUGCCAUCUGGAUGCCUGGAAGCUGAGGAGCCAGCCAACCUGGAGAGCUUCGGAGGCGAAGACCCCAGGCCUGAGCUGCCUGCCACCGCCGCCCUGCUGAGCAGCCUGGAGGACCUGGAGCUCAGCAACCGGCGCCUGGCCGGGGAGAACGCCAAGCUGCAGCGCAGCGUGGAGACAGCUGAGGAGGGGUCCGCGCGGCUGGGGGAGGAGAUCCUGGCCCUGCGCAGGCAGCUCCGCAGCACCCAGCAGGCUCUGCAGUCUGCCAAGGCCGUGGAUGAGGAGCUGGAGGACCUAAAGACCCUGGCCAAGAGCCUGGAGGAGCAGAAUCGAAGCCUCCUGGCCCAGGCCCGGCAGACGGAAAAGGAGCAGCAGCACCUGGUGGCAGAGUUGGAGACCCUGCAGGAGGAGAACGGGAAGCUGCUGGCUGAGCGGGACGGAGUGAAGAGGAGAAGUGAGGAGCUGGCCACAGAGAAGGACACUUUGAAGCGGCAGCUCUAUGAGUGUGAAAGCCUCAUCUGCCAGCGGGACGCCAUCCUCUCCGAGCGCUCACGCCGUGCGGAGAACCUGGCGCAGACGGUGCAGGAGUACAGGGCCACUGCGCAGGAACUGAGGCGGGAGAUCUCUCACCUGGAGGAGCAGCUGAGUCAGGCCCAGGAGGCGCCAGAUGAGCUGCUGGAAGGGGCCCAGGCCCGAGGAGCCAGCUGGGCCACGCCACUGCCCGCAUCGCUGGGCUUGGAGAUCAAGGCCAUUUGGCAGAAACAAGAAGUGGCAGGUGCCGAGCUCUCCAGUCCCCUGUGUGGAGUGUGGCCGAGGGGAGAGAUCGCCCCGGAGCCCAAUGAGGAAGCCGAGUUUCCACCUGAAACCCCAGGCAGGGGCCAGAGAAACUCCGAGGGAGAGCUGCCGUGCCCUGAAGGGUGGAGGAAGGAGACGUCCUCGAUGUGGUUGCCUGGAAGAGAGGAAGCAGAGGCAGAGGAGGAAGCAAAGAGCCAGCUGACGGCUGACCUGCCCACCCUUCUGAGAGACCCUCACCCUGGAAACAUCCCAGGAUGCUCUCCUGAGAGUCCUGUCGAGCUGGCGUUCCAGCAAGCCCUGGUACCCAUGGUGAAUGAGCUGAUCCACACCGGGAGGCCCGGGGGCCAGUGCUGCCUGUCCCCACUGUAUCCCCAGGCACCCAGGGCCAUUCGGCACCCACUGCUCCCUGCCCGGGUCCUGGGUCCUGUGCUGCUGCUGCUGCUGCUGCUCUCGGUGCUGCUGCUGGGCCAGGCCCCGCCGCCCACCUGGCCCCACCUGCAGCUCUGCUACCUCCAGCCGCCGCCAGUGUAGGUGCCGCCAGCCGCCCCGGCACCAGCCUGGUACUGCCUGCCAAUGUCCACACAGCCAGAGCCAGUGCAAGGGCAGCCUCGUCCCUUGUUGGGUUUUCAUGUGAAGUGUCCCGAUUUCCUACUGCUGCAACUCCAUUUCUUGACAAAAACAAAAUGUACCCAAUAGUGGCUUUGAUGCUGUGGAU